GCAUUUGCCAUGCACAGUGCAGUCUCAUAUUUUUACUUGGUUUAUCUCUUAGUAUUACUUUAUUUUGUACGAUGUUGGACUUUGUGUAUUUUGGACGAUGUUGUAUCAUCGAGUUCUAUGUUGUUUGGCCUUGCAAGUUGCUGAAGUUUUUCAACCUAACUGCCAUUGUUUUGUUGUUAAAUCACACAUCGAAUCACGGGUAGUUUUGUUAAAAUAGUAAAGGGUGAAUCAUAUGGAAUCUUGAAUUGGAAGAUUCAUUCGAUUUAUUUAGCAUAAUAUAUAAUUUUAUAUUUGUGUAUAUGUAUUAAAAAAAUGCAUAAUGUGUUUAAAAUAAAAUAAAUACAUGUAUAAUUAAAUUGUAAAAAUUUAUAUACAUAUAAAAGGAAAGUGUUUGUGACCCUUAAAAUACUCUCACAAUGCUCAAGUAUGAUAGGAGCCAAAUUUAUGUCACAUACCCAAUCAUAUUCAAGGGUGAUGCUAUGGUACAUUUAGAUGUACCAUACAUUUAGUUAUGAACUUAUAUGAUUUUAUGUCAUAACCAAUACCAUAUUAGUCAUGACCACUAUUAUAUUGACUCAUAACUUAGUUAUAUUCAGUUAUUUAUUUAUACCAUACUAUCUCAUAACCAGGUCAUAACUAAAUUACUUAAAUAAUUUAACUCUCAAAUAGGCAACCGGUGUAGCCGGUUAGAAGGGGAAACAAAAUUGAAUCAAUCGUGUUUGGCCCUCUUGUUGGCUCUUCUCUUCCCUCUUCUCUUCCGCCAUAGCCGAAGCUUCCAAGGAUCACCAACCUCGUCGGCGAUCCGGGCUUCAGCCAUGUCGACAUCUUCUUCACAAGCUUUCACUCUCUGGACGUCUCCACCAUGGGUUUGUGACCAAAGAUCUAGUCAUCAGCUUUUCCCUUCCCUUCCAGUCGAAUCGAAUUUUUCCGAGAACUCUUUUCCGUAGUUCAGAUCAAAAGUGCCAAAAGAGAAUGAAGAUUUGCAAAUUUGUAGGCACAUGUUAUCACGUGUUAGGUACUAUUAGAUGGGGCAUCAAUCAUAGAUCUGCCAGAUCAGGUCGAUGGCUUGAAAUCUCUUGAGAAGCUUGAGAUGAGAAAUUGUAGAUCUCUUAGAUCAUUGCCAGAAUCAAUUGGAUGUGUGUUAACUCUUUCUACAUUGAUCAUAGUGAAUGCUGCCAUAACAGAGCUGCCAGAAUCUAUAGGGAUGUUGGAAAAUCUUAUCAUGUUAAGGUUGAAUAAAUGCACAAAGCUUUGCAGACUGCCCACUUCAAUUGGGAAUUUGAAGUCCCUCCUCCACUUGCUAAUGGAGGAAACAGCUGUGACAGAAUUACCUGAAAAGUUUGGCAUGCUCUCAAGACUGAUGAUAUUGAAAAUGGCGAAGAAGCCUGACCAUGAAGUAUCUCAGAAUCCUGAAAAUACAGAGCUUCCAUCUUCUUUCUCAAAUCUUUCCUUGUUAGAAGAAUUUGAUGCCCGUGCAUGGAAAAUAGCUGGGAUAAUACCUGAUGAUUUUGAAAAACUGUCGUCUUUAGUGCUUUUGAAUCUCAGUCACAAUGAUUUAUCCAGUCUUCCUUGUAGUCUAAGUGGACUUUCCAUUCUCAAAAAGCUUGUACUGUCCCACUGUAAAUAUCUCAAAGUUCUUCCCCCACUUCCCUCAAGUUUGAUAGAGUUAAAUGCUGCAAACUGUACUGCAUUGGAAAGUAUAUCCGAUAUAUCAAAUCUGGAGAAUUUACGAAACUUGAACCUUGCAAACUGUGAGAAACUAACGGGUAUUCCAGGUCUUGAACGCUUGAAGUCCUUGAGAUGGCUGUACAUGAGUGGUUGCAGUUCUUGCUCUUCAGUGGUAAAGUCAAAACUUGAUAAGCUUGCUUUGAGGAAUUUGAACAGUUUAUGCGUGCCUGGAAGCGAAAUCCCAGAUUGGUUUACUCGAGACAAGGUUUCUUGCUCAAAGCCCAAAAACCGUGUGAUCAAAGCUGUAAUUGUAGGUAUUGUUAUCUCUAUCGACCAUUCCAUACAAGAUGAUCUAAGAGAUCAAUCCCCUGUAGUAGCAGGUAUUCUAAUAACGAUCCUCAGAUUGAACGUACCAAUAUUCAAUACUGCACCGCUUUUAGGAGUGCCAAAGACAGAUGAAGAUCAUUUUUACUUGUGCCGAUAUGAAAAUCAUACUCCAUUGGUUUUGUUUUUGAAAGACGGUGACAAGAUACGAGUGGCAAUGCAGAACCCUUCUCUUGUCAAGGGGGUUCACCUGAAGAAGUGUGGGAUUCAUUUGGUAUUUGAAAAUGAUGAUGAUUAUGUCGGUGACGAAAAUUUCAUGCGUGAAGGUCAGCAGUCUGUAUCGCAGAAAUUAACGACGUUCAUGGGAUCUUCUGAAGAAGAUAAACAGACCUUGGACCCCAUUUCUGAAGUUGGAAGAGAAAAGCCAGAGAGGAAACAAAGUGACGGAAAUUCAUUUGUUCUUCUCUUCAUUGUUCUUCCUUUGUCCUUCCUGCUGUUGAGUUGGUUGGUAUUCAUGUUUUAUUGUUAAGCAAUGCUAUAUAUGUAAUCUUUAUUUUUUACCUUGUUUUCUCACUUGUAAAUCCAAGUGUACAGAUGAUUAUUUACAGAAUGGGACACAUGUGACACGUGAGACGAAGGGUGGGGGUCUCACACCCUAUUAUGUGAAAAUCUUUUGUGUUUCUAUUCUAGACGCAUGAGAAUGAGAUUCACAUUAAUAAAUGCACAUGAUAUCUGCUCAGUUAUAUGUUUAGAAGUGAGAAAAUACGGUAAGAAAUGAAAUUAUACAUAGCAUUUUCUUUAA